AUGUCUCUCGAGCAAUGGACUUCGCGCGCCAUCAACCGACUGCAGGUUAUCCGACAAACCGAGGAAGGAGUCCCAAGUGUGGGUUGCAGACAACGUGAUAGGGGCAAGGAAGCGUGGCUUGAGCUUCGGGAGAGAUUGCCUUUCCUUCCUGACACUGAGGUGCUCCGAAAGGAAACAGGUGAGUUCGCUUUUGUGGAAGUGACAGUGUAUGUGAGAGAGUCGGACUGCAAGGCUGCUAGAGAACUUCUGCAUAGCUUGAUUGGGGCGCUGGAAGUGCUGGGGAACAAUACCUUGACACCAUUGCAACCAAAAUCUGCCAUUUGGAAUGCUGAGAGCACAACGCUGUUGAUUGAUUCGAGUACGAAGACUCGGUGUCGCAAGCUCAUGGAGGCCUUGCAUGCUCCACAAGUUGACGGUCGUUACUGUCAAUGGCGUGAAGCCGUCGAUCCUGAUGUUUGGUAUGGGCCAGGUCUAGAGAAGUGUGAGGUUCUCUCUGCCGUAGCAGGGGAUGCAGACAUCUUGAAGUGCGUCAUGAAGAAAAAGGCGCGUCUCGUGGCGUUCUCGGAUGGACAAGUGAUGGCGAGCUGGAGGUUUGUAAUCAAGCAAGGGACCGUGGGGAUGGCUCUCUACUUCGGGCAGUCGGGGUCCUGCAAGAUCGUUGUGGAUGGGAGAGAAGUUGGAACCCUCGGCAACGGCUGCAUGUUUGGCGAGUGCGCGUUGGUCUUGAGCUCGUUGCGGACGGCCGAUGUGAUCGCCGACGGAUUCUUUGAGGCGUGGGUUAUCUCGAGGCAGGAGCUCGCGGAGAUCAUGACGUGGUGCCCUCGGCUCCUGAGCAUGCUCAUCGAAGCUGGGAAGGCCUGCCUGUCUCGCGACAGCGCUUUCCUUCCAGAGCUUAGAGCGAAAUAUGAUGCCGAGAUGUCGUCAGGAAUUGCUAGUGUAGAUGUGAAUGUUGGAUGUGGGGGAGAGGGCGAGCCGCAGGUCAGGAGCAGGGGAAUCGAAGUGAGCAAGAACGUCCUUGCUCCUCUCCAGAUGCUCUUCUCCAAGGACAUGCUCGAUGCUCGACCGGUGGCCCCGGUCUCCUCCUUCUCUCGAAUCUUCUCCAAGACUUCCUUCGCCAACAGCUUCUCCUGGUCGUUCCCCAGCCCCGACAGCAUACGAAGAAAGUUUCCGUUGGAAGGGGAGGGUGUGAAUGAGGAGAAACUGGCCCAGGAUGCGUGGGAGGAGAUGAAGAGCAAGCUCGAGAGGAUGGAGCUGAAAAGAGGGGAGACGUUGUAUCCCUGCGGGGCAACAAUCGACUGCAUCUACGUGGUGGAGAAAGGAAAACUUUCUCUCUCCGUCGACGGCAUUCAGGUGGGGCUCGUGAAUGAGGCGCAAAUCUUCGGUGAGGUAGAGCUUCUGCUGAGCGGGAAGACGCUGGUUGAAGUGGUUGCGGGAACAGACGUGUUGCUGCUCAAGCUUAAAGUGACGGACUUCAUCGCGGCUCUCUGCCGUUCGCCUUGUUUCUUCCACAACCUUGUGGGAUUGGGGAGGUCGAGGAUGCGAGAGUGGGGGAGGAAAGCUCCCUCGAUCCUCGCGCCUUAG